CCCGCCGGGCCGCCUCCUUCCUCCGCCCCAUCAUGGUCGCCGGGCUGGGGCUUCUCCUCAGGGCGUCGCGCCGGCUGCUGGCCGGGGCCGGGGCAGGUGCCGUGGCCGUCCGGGCCGCGCACGGCUCCGCUCCGCCCCGCGCCAAGAAGCGGUGGCUCCGCGCCUACCUGGAGCAGCAGCGGCUGGAGGCGCCCCCGCAGCGGCGAUCCGAGAAGCCCGGCUGGGAUUACCACGCAGAGAUACAAGCCUUCAGCCACCGGCUCCAGGAAAAUUUCUCUUUGGAUCUUCUCAAAACCGCUUUUGUCAAUUCUUGCUACAUUAAAAGCGAAGAGGCGAAGCGCCGGGAGCUCGGGGUAGACAAAGAAGCGGUUGCCCUUCACCUCCGCGAUAACAGCCGGCUCGCCGAGCAGGGGCAGGCCUUCUCGCGCUCCUACCUGGCGCGCUGCUUGGAAGGCGCCUAUCCCGACCUACCCGCCCAGGGCAGGGGAGCGCUCGUUGAUUUCCUUACCGGCCAGGAGCUCGUUUCUCACCUGGCUCAGAACCUGUCUCUGCAGGACCUGACGCUCUGUGCACAGUUCCCCGUCCCACCAGACGUGCUGCACAGGACGUUCUUCGCUGUUAUAGGAGCGCUGCUGGACAGCAGCGGGCCUGACAAAGCGGGCGUCUUUGUCAGGGAUUUUUUAAUACCCCAUCUGAUUGGAAAAGACCUGUUUGAAAUCUGGGAAGUUGUAAAUCCCAUGGGCUUACUAGUGGAAGAGUUGACCAAGAGGAAUAUCUCUUCUCCGGAGCCGAGAAUUACCAGGCAGCUGGGAGUCACCACAGUUCUUCCGCUGUACUUCGUUGGGCUGUACUGUGAUAAGAAGAUUAUCGCUGAAGGCCCUGGUGAAACGCUGCUCGCGGCAGAGGAAGAAGCUGCCCGCGUGGCGCUGCGGAAGCUGUAUGGGUAUACAGAGAACAGGAGACCUUGGGAUUACUCGAAACCCAAACAAGGGUGGACAGCUGAAAAGGCUAUCAGCAGGAACUAGAUCAUACAGGCCACUUCUAGUUUCUCUCAAGAAUUAGUGGCUUUCGUGCAAAUACAGACGCGUUUCAGAAAGCAAAAUUCGGUUUAAUUUUCUGACCUUCGGUGUAUGCAGUUUUCAAAUUAAAUACAGCUUUAAAAUAAAUGUAAUCUUUCCCUUUUACAUAAAGCUUAAUAUUCAGUCAUUCUCCUGAACAACAAAAGUACAUUUUUUCUGAAUGAAUGCAUUCUGUCUGAGAAGUUUUUCCAUACAACAUGGGAGACUGUUCUUGAGGAUGUUUAAUAAUGUAACAAAGUCCUUGCUCUUGAGGAACUUCGCCACGUAUAAGAAGGUUUUUUGUGAGCUUUCUUGGGGCUUUGAUUGAGGGUAUUGUUAAUAAGACGAGUUGAAUUAAAUACACAGCAUUGGUCUUUGGGUUCUACCUGGAUUUAUUUGUCCUUGACCUUGUGAAAAUGUAAAAUGUGAUGUCAGUGGUAUUAACACUGGUGGUCCAAUUAAAAAAGGAAAUGGCGUUUUUGAGGUCUUACUGCUUGCAACAUCUAUUUGCCAUACACAUUGGCUUAUGUUGUUCAAGUAUGCUCUGGGAGGAUGUAUUUUUUAUUUUAAAAUUUGUAAAAAGGAAAAUAAGGACCAUGAAGGCUUGUGCUCAAAGAAAUUGGAGAACGUUGUGUAAUAUUAGGCUACUAGAUGACCGAAGUUUAAGUGGCCAUGGGACUAAGGUAUUGGAGUCAGUGAACUUGGUGUUUGGUUUGUUUGUACCAUCUGCAUCUGUCCCAGUGAUUGAAAAGUGAUUGAAAAGCUGAAAAGCUCAAGUGAUUGAAAAGCUGCUGAGGAACAACUCAGGUACCCUCAUAAUGUUCCUAUUUAAUAGGAACUCAGUACGUGUACCAGAAAACAACAUGUAGAGAGACAGAUACAUGAGGACUGUGUGGCUCUCUUGGAAUUGUUUCCUUUAAACUUUACUGAGAUGACAUUGCAACUGAGCCCUCAGAGGAGGAAAGGAAAAAGCUGAAUGUAGGACAAUGGUUAAAGAAGCGUUUCCUGCCUUAUCCUGUUACAAACACCAGUUUUAUUUUGUGUUUGUGUGAUGGCUGCUUAGCAGUGAAAGGUUCCAGGCUGCGGUUGUGGCUGCUGAGCAGCUCUGGCACACUGCAGGUGCUGCAUUCCCUGCUGCCCCUGGAGUGAGAAGGAGAUCUGGCUCUCUUCUACUUGACUGGGGGGAAAAAACCAACCACCACCCAUCUGCCAUCCGCUGUUAUUUGUCAUGCCAUGGGUCUGAAGCACAUAUACAACACUUAGUGUGGCUAGAUCAUAGUGAAAUCUGUUGUUUAGCUUCUGGCACGGUAAAUUCCACGGGUGAAAGUUAAAAUGUAAAAAGGAGAGCAGAAGGAUCAGUCUAACAUAAAUUUUGCAUAAAAUUGCUUGUGAUUAAGUGAAAAAAAAUACAUCUAGGUGAUCUACUAUCACUUACGUAACCACAGCCAGUAAGGUCACUAUAUGCCAGGGGAAUAAUAGCUGAAUCUGAAAUUACUUAGGCUAUUUUUAGUUUUUCAGAUGGGGUAUUUCUCUUACCUUUACCUAUUUUAAAAGGACAGUAGUAGUGUGUUGUUUUUUGUUUUUUUUCAUCCAAAGUUUGAUCUACCUGCUAUUUUCAAUAUAGAUAUUUAUGUAUUUUAAGAGAGGAAAAAACUGUAUUCUGUCAGUUUACCUUAAUAUGUAGCAUCUGCUUACUGUUGCUUCACGGUUUGGAAUGUGAGAAUAAAUCCUAGGAGGAGUGGAUUACUGAGUGCUUCCUUGCUGGAAGGAAACUGCUUAAUGUAAGAUAAAUCAGUUUAUUGUGUAACAUAUGUUUGGAAUGUUUUGAGUUCAAAGAGAAAGACAGUUUGGGGACAUGGAAAGAAAGGUUGGCUUUUUUUUUUUUAUUUUCUUAUUGAGGUGUGAGUGGAAAAUAAGGAGUUUGUACAAGAAAAUGUGUCCCAUUUUCAAUCUUCUAAAGGUCAGAAAAGCAUUUGAUACAGUGUCGGUGCUUCAGGUCUGGGCAUCUAAGUGUGUAUCACUAACUCACUGAUGUUAAAAGAUUGGUUAGAUUUACAGAAUUCAGUAUCCAGUCAACCCUGAUUAUGCCUUUCUGGGUGCUACACUAGCUUUAUCUGAUACAGGGAUUUGUUACUGUAAUUGCAUUUAUCCUGUAACCCAUUCAAACGUGUCUCCUAAGGAAGAUCUUUUCUUAACUGAAAGUAAACCAGAAGACAACUACCAGCCUUUCUGAGCUAACUUAAAAGUCACGGGUGUGCUAACAGCUGCAUUUUAACAAAAGUACAGUACCAUAAUGCUAACCCUUUUUCAUUUUUCUUUAGUUUCUCUCUUGAUCUUUGUAAUAAUUAGCAUAAGGGUGCAAAUAUGCUUACACAUAAGUAGACUUAAAAAAAAUAAUAAAUGGACCGCUAGUUGUUAAUCCAUUAAAGGCAACAGCAGUUUUGCUGCUGAGUUUGGUCUAGACUUGGUUUUACCCAAAUAUUGAACAAACUACAAGUGCGAGUGGCCUUAGGUUACCCUUCUCCCUCCAUCAUCAAGAUUCUGGCUUUUUCUUGAAAGAGUUUUAAAACUGACUUUCUUUAAAGAAAAUUAAGAGAAUCUCUAGUGUAUCAGUGCCAGCUAAGCAAAUAGAAGAAAAACUUCUUAAUGUUUACUCGUGUUCUUCUAUUAAGUUACUUGUUCUCGGUAUGUGCUUUUGCUGCUGUUUUGAGCUGUUCAGUAGCACAACUGAAUGUUCUGUGCAUCUCCUUGUUCACAGCUGCAGCUGCUUACAAUAACCAGUUGUUUCUUCUGUAAUUUUCUCUAAAAAAUGUCCAGCAAUAAUUUUUGUAUUUUAACAGUCACAGUGACCUAAAUACCGGACAUUAACAAGGAGAUACCUGUAAAGUGAUGGUAUUUUAAUAUGAAGUUUGAAAUUGUCAGUGAAAAGUUAAAGCUUUAUUGAAAUUAAUACCAAUCUCUCUUGCUUUUUAUGAGAGACCAAAAAUGAGGAUAAGUUGCUCUGGCACUCUGGUGCUAUAAAAAGCCAUAAAGAAUUCAAAACAUC